UACAAUUAGUUGAACAAAAUAUUUUUUAAAAUUAAUAGGACAAUUAUGUCCUUUAUUUUUCCACAGUUUAAAUGGAGAAAUCUCUGAUGAGAAUAAACUAAAAGCCAUUCUCUAGCUCACACUGUCUCUCCCUCUCUCUAUCUCUUCUACCUUAUGGAUUCUUCAAAAAGCAGAUUAGUAGCCAGACGAUCUGAUCCGGCCAACUUUCCGGCGAAGAAAAGCAUUUCUUCCCGGCGAUCUUUAUCUUCAUCUUCUUCUUCCUUCUCCUCUUGCUCCUCUAGCUCCCUCGUGUUUCCAGGCUCUCCUUUAAACUCUCCGGCGACUCCUUUUGGUCUCAUCGGUGUUCCAUUCGCAUGGGAACAACUUCCUGGAAAACCCAAAGACUACUCUCAUAGACUCAACCACCGCCGCAACAACGAGUCUUCAGUUAUAUUACCUCUCCCUCCUCACCGGAGUAUCACCUUUCCGGUCACCGGUAAAAACCAUAAAUCUAACUAUGCCACUAAAAAGAGCAGCUCCCCUGUGACGGCGACGGAGAAAGAUCCCUUCGCGGCGGCGUUGUUGGAAUGUUCCAAAGAUGACGAUGAAGAUGAAGAAGACGUAGAUCGGAGGUUCCGAGGAUCAAGCAAGGCAUUGGUAAAGAAUAGCAUCAGCGACAGGUUCGGGUUAGUGAGUCUCUACGGUUCUUGUCGGAGAACUUGUGCAGUUUCAGAGUCCAUUGUUUAUCUUCCGAGACCGGGAAAAGCUGCUUUGUAUGAUCAUCUGCUUCUUCCACGCCGUCACCGUUGAUUUGUCGUCAUUCACGAUUUACUCUAUUAUAUCUCUUGGUCUUUGUAAUACUUUCCCUAUAUAUUUAUUCAUGAAUGUGUCAUAUUAUGUGUGAUAUUUUUAAAAUUAUUUCUUAUGAACUUUUUAACUUUAAAAUAUAUAUUUUUUUCUCAAAA